GACCAGCGCCAGGCACCAGCUCAGCCCGACGUUGAUCUAGGGUGCAGCGCAGGGAAGGAGUGCGUGCCCGGCUGAGGUUCGAAGGCAGGCGGCGAGAUGAACCGGGUACCAGCGUUCCUGAGCGCGGCCGAGGUGCAGGAGCAUCUCCGCAGCCCCAGCCUCCUCAUCCCACCUCUGGAGGCGGCUCUGGCCAACUUCUCCAGCGGCCCGGAUGGAGGGGUCAUGCAGCCGGUGCGAACAGUGGUGCCUGUGGCCAAGCACAGAGGCUUCCUGGGAGUCAUGCCAGCCUACAGUGCAGCUGAGGAUGCGCUCACCACCAAGUUGGUCACCUUCUACGAGGGCCACAGCACCUCUUCCACAGUCCCCUCCCACCAGGCUUCAGUGCUUCUGUUUGAGCCCAGCAAUGGCUCCCUGCUGGCGGUCAUGGAUGGAAAUGUCAUAACUGCAAAGAGAACAGCAGCAGUGUCUGCCAUUGCCACUAAGUUUCUGAAACACCCCAGCAGUGAUGUGCUGUGCAUCCUUGGGGCUGGGGUCCAGGCCUACAGUCAUUAUGAAAUUUUCACAGAGCAGUUCUCCUUUAAGGAGGUGAGGAUCUGGAACCGCACCAGAGAAAAUGCGGAGAAGUUUGCAGACACAGUACAAGGGGAAGUACGGGUCUGUUCAUCUGUGCAGGAGGCUGUGAUGGGUGCUGAUGUGAUCAUCACGGUCACCAUGGCAACGGAGCCCAUUUUAUUUGGUGAAUGGGUGAAGCCAGGGGCUCACAUCAAUGCCAUUGGAGCCAGCAGACCUGACUGGAGAGAACUGGAUGAUGAACUCAUGAAGCAAGCCGUGCUAUAUGUGGAUUCCCGGGAGGCUGCCUUGAAGGAGUCAGGAGAUGUCUUGUUGUCAGGGGCUGAGAUCUUCGCUGAGCUGGGAGAGGUGGUGAAGGGAGUAAAGCCAGCCCACUGUGAGAAGACCACAGUGUUCAAGUCUUUAGGAAUGGCGGUGGAAGACCUGGUUGCAGCCAAACUAGUAUAUGAUUCCUGGUUAUCUGGCAAAUGAAAUGAAGCCUUGUACUGAACUGGAUGCUACUGCUCCAAGGAUAAGGUUGUCUGGUAAUGUCUAGAUCAAAUAAGGAAGCCCAGCCCCCAGUGAACUAGAUUCUGUGAUUGUCACUCUUCCCUAACCUACUGAGAUCCCUAUUCACAUUUGUAGCUGGAAAGCAAACCCAGGCGGUCAUUUCUUCUGUUAUACCGGGUGAUAAUGGCAUUCCCUACCCUUCUGUUUCACUUUGUAUUUCCCUGAAAUAAAACAUUUUCCAAUUCUUCA